GGGGGCGGGGGGGCUGCAGGGGCGUCCAGGGAUCGCGCUCUCCGCCCCCUGCGCGCCGGCCAGACGCACCCGCCCCCUCUGUCCCUCUCCACCCCGACCGGCCUCAACGGGGGCCCGGAGUUGGCGGGAGCCUAUAAAAGCCCCUGGCGGAGCCGGCCGGAGCAGCCCGGGCACACAGGGCGGAGACCCCGCGCCGAGAGCAUGGCCCAGCAAUCCAGUCAGUGGGGCUACGACAGUGACAACGGACCUGAGCACUGGCACAAAUAUUACCCUAUUGCCAAAGGAGACCACCAGUCACCUAUUGAAAUCAAUUCCAAAGAGGUCCAGCAUGACCCCUCUUUACCCCCUUGGUUUGUUGGUUAUGAUCCCGGUGCAGCGAAGACCAUACUGAACAAUGGGAAAACCUGCAGAGUUGUGUUUGAUGACUCCUUCGAUAGAUCAGUGCUGCGAGGUGGACCCCUCCCAGGACCCUACAGGCUGCGGCAGUUUCACUUUCAUUGGGGUUCUUCUGAUGACCAUGGCUCUGAGCACAUUGUAGACGGAGUGAAAUGUGCAGCAGAGCUUCAUAUGGUACACUGGAAUCCGAAAUAUAGUAAUUUUGCUGGAGCUUUGAAACAACCUGAUGGCGUGGCUGUUGUGGGCAUUUUUCUGAAAGUUGGAAAAACUCCCAAGCCAGAGAUGAAGAGAAUUCUUGAAGAAAUAGAUAAUAUUAAGACAAAGGGGAAAGAGGCUCCUUUCUCAAACUUUGAUCCAUCAAUUCUUUUCCCUAAAUCUCGGGACUAUUGGACCUACCAUGGCUCCUUCACUACACCUCCUUGUGAAGAGUGCAUUACCUGGAUUCUUCUGAGGGAGCCUAUUGAAGUCAGCCCAGACCAGAUGGCAAAGCUCCGUAGCCUUUCCAUCAAUGCUGAGACAGAACCUGCUCGCCCCAUGGUGGAUAACUGGCGCCCUCCUCAGCCUGUGAAAGGAAGGGUGGUGAAAGCCUCUUUCCAAUAAAAUCUGUACUAAAAUUGGGUGUCUUCGAGUGGGGAAAGUCCUACAUCUCAAAGCCUAGUUAGCUUUGUGCUCUCUACUGCUCUUCCUCUGGAGGCAGAUCUGUUUCUGAUUCUGAAAUGCUGAGUAAUGAAAUGUCGUGGAUCAAUUAAUCUAAUUUUGAGAGGUCAAAAAUUACCUGAGGCAAACUCUAACCUUAACGUUAGAAAAUGUGGAAUCUGUGUUUGGAUCUCAAUAACAACUGUGUCAGCUUUAGCAGUAGUAUUUUUAUGGAUAUUUCUAAGGAAGAAAAAUGGUAUAAUUACCAAUGGGUAGAAAAGGCAUUUUUCCAUUAUCCUUAUGUUCUUUAGUGCUCACCUUUUUCAAGACCAUAGAGGUUUCCAACUAAGAAACAAUGUCAUCUGAAUUUAAAAUGGGCAAUAUGGUCAAAUUCUAUUAUCAGUUGUACUAAUAUAAUCCAGUGGGAACUCCUGCAUGUAACGGAGGGCAGAGUUUUGGUCUUUGUAUUCAUAUAGAACUGUUGAGAGUACAAAGACUCACCACAUUCCCAUAGAUAAUUAAAGCAAGUUAAGAUUUUAACAAACUAAAAGGUUAUCAUUGUACAGUUUUAUUUUGAAAAUUGAAAUCCAGGUGUUAGAUCAAACUAAGAGUAUAGAAUUUCUAGGCCUUCUUGGUGGAUGAAACUGGAUAGAUUCUGUAGAAAGCCCUUUAGCAUCCUAGGAGUUAUUUCACUUCCAUUUUUAAUACUAUAACAUUUUACUUGUAUGUCUCAAGGCCAAAUUUUGCCCUCAUGCACAUAUGCAUUUGAGCCUGAUGUCACUGACAUUUGUGUGCAAGUAUCUGAGACCAGAAUUUAAUUCAAUAUCUAAAAGCAAUUGACUGCUAUGUUCUCUUCCUUUGCUGUUGGACUCAUCUUAUGGUAGCAAAAGCAAUGAAACAGGACUGCAUGACUGCACUUGAAGUAACAGCACAACUUCUGUCUUAGGACAACCAACACUAAUAAAUACUCUUAAAUAAGA